UUCCAUUUCACCACCACCACACGACACAACUCUCUCUCCCUCUAUUCGAUCAACCUUUUUCAUUCUCUCUUAAAAAAAAAAAAGAGUCAUAUAUAUAAUAAUAAUAAUAAUAAUAAUGUUGUUGGGAAAGAGACAACGUCCUCCAAUGAAGAGAACCACCAGCAUGACGGAAUUCUCUUUUGAUCUUAACCACACAACACCGGCCGUCGUUCAUCACCCCGCCGCCGUCGUUGAUCCGCCAUCACCCACCGUCGUUGUUCCCAAGAUUCACCGCCGUAGUUCCGCUGACUUUAAUCAAACUUCAAACUUCUUGAAAGCUUGUCACCUUUGCAAACGCAGCUUGAUCACUGGCCGUGAUAUCUUCAUGUAUAGAGGUGACAGUGCAUUUUGCAGUUUAGAGUGUAGACAACAACAAAUGAAUCAAGACGAGAAAAAAGACAAGUGUUCCAUGUUAUCCAACACUCCUAUUAUUGCUACUACUUCCCCAAAUGCUUCUGAGACUGUUGCUGCUAUGUAAAAUUUUAUUAAUUAAUUUUAUUUGGUUGUGAUUGUGAAUUAAUCAAUUAAGUAAGAGAUAUUUUGAUGA